CUUGCGAAGGCUGAGGAAGUGAAGCUCAGUGAUGCUCACCAGAGUGUCGUGGUCAGCUACUUGAAAUUCGCGAAAUCUCAAAGAGCACAGAGGUUGAAAGUGAUCGACAGAUGCUUUGACGACGUGAAAAGCUCGAGGCUCUUGGACGAAACGUACACGGCGGAAGAAGUGAACCAGAUCCUGGACGAUCUCUGCCCCGUGAUCCGCGCGGAGGUGGAAAGCGAGCUCAUCAACGCGGUGCACGCCAACGUGAUUCUCGUGCGACAACUCUGCAAGCAAGCAGAACAAUGGCACCUCCAACUCCAGGCAGAUGUGUCGGAACUUGAAGAUGGUUCACUCAUUGAAAAAAUACGGGACUUUGAAGAGCACCAGCUAACCUCAGGAAGGCCUCUUCAAAUCUCAACAUCGAAAGUCACGAAGCUAAGCCCAUUGGAAGAUGCUCAUGGACCUGGAAUGCUUUUAAACAAGGAAAUCAACAGGCUGAAAUCUGAAAACGUAAUGCUAAGAAACCGGCUGAAAGACGUUGAGGGCCAGGUGUCUCAAGUACUCAAGCAGAAGUCUGAACUGGUUGAAGAGUUGAAGCAAAAGCAAAGUGAACUGAAGCACAGCAUCGAGACGCGGGAAAAAAAGCUAGAUGCAUCUACAGAAUUUAUUGAAGACCAGAUGAUGAAAGUGAAACUUGAGAUGGAGGAGAGCCUCCGCAAGAGCAGCGAGUCGCAGCAAAACUUGGAAUCUGAUCUAACACUUACGAAGCAUAAGCUGCUUGAAGUGCAAGCACAGCUAGAUCUGGCUGAAAAGGAGCUAGAGAAAAAAUUCAGUCAAACUGCGGCAUAUACCAACAUGAAGAAAAUGCUUUCAACCAAGAAUGAUCAAAUCAAGGAGCUCCGCAGUGCAUUGGCUACGUUUCAAACUGGGGACUCGUAAGGAGGUGCCUCACCGAGCUGAUACGACAAUCUAGUGGAGAGGUAUAUUUAUUUGGAAGCUCAGGAUUUUUCAGCAUUUUCUGCUGAACUUUCUAACAGAGUGCAAAUUUUGUCAUGGCUUGAGACCCAGCUAGCAAGAUACCACAUUGAAAUUGAUAUGAUAGAGCACUACUAGAUAAUAUAUUACUCUGCUGCACAAGCACAUGGGAAACAAGAUAAUUAUCGCAAAUAGAACUUAUAGGAGUGCUUGUAGCAACACCGAAAAGAUGGCAAAAGUGUUGGUUGUUUGCAUAUUACUUGGAAACAAAGCUAGUCAAAAGCAGAGCUACAACAGCUGUUGGAAACUCAGGUGAUGGAGCAUAUGCCUGUGAUAUAUGACGAGAAUUGGGGGAAGUUUACAACAGCCAGUAACAGCUGCUUGAUAAAAGAGCAGCAAACUGCUCAGAAAUCCUGUAAUCACUGGUUGUGUGGGGGCUUAUUUAAAGUCAUCCCAGUUUGUUGAAGAGUUCAUUGUUGUACUGCCCCAUUUUGUCUCUUCAAGUCUUUUUACAAAUGUGUUAUUAUAAUGUUACUGCUCGUCAUUUUACUGUGCUUCUUGCUGUUACAUGUACCUGAUGUCCUCUGCUCCACUUGUUUAUUGUUUAUU